GGGAGACCAAAAAGCGUGGUGAAGUGCUUUUUCGUGCCUCGUUUGUUUGUAGCUUAUGGAAUUGCACCUAGAUAAUAGCUUUUGUAUAUCAGUUAAUUUCAAGUCAGAAUCAAUGUAUGUGGUGAAUCAAGAGAGUAUGCUAUUCGCCUAUUCCAACUCUUCUUUCAACGGACCAUAAUUUUUGCCGACCAAACUAAUAGUUUAACAACCAUACUCUUCCUCACGUUCAUUGAUCAAAACUAUUAACUAUUAACAAGGGUGUCAUCCAACUCUCACGUUCAUUUAACUUGAGGUUGACAUUCACAAGAGAAAAAAAAAAUUAUUAAAAAACUAAGCCUAACUCAUUCUUAAAAGUUUGCUCAUAAGAAGAGAGUUGUUCAACUUUUAUAAGGAAUACUGUGGCUCUAUUUUUUUAACAUACUUCUUUAAUAUGUAGAAUUGGAUAUUUUGUACAUUAAGUUUGCAUAAAUAAACAUUUGUGGGUAGCUAGCAUUCAAAUUGCAUAGAUUCUAAUACCACGUUACAAAAUUAAAUUUAACUCACUCUUAAAAAUUAGCUUAUUGAAAGAAGGUUGUCUAACCCUUAUAAAAAAUAGUCUGACUCUGUUCCUAACUUAUACAUAUAAAACAACUAAAAUUUACAGCACAGCAGGUUGUUUGAGAUGUUAUAAACUUUCUAUAUUUGAGACAUUCAUAGGAAUAUAAAUUGCUUUGACACGGUAGUACUUAAAAUAUCUUUUUUACAAUAUGUUUUCCUAAGAAAUUUUUUAUGUAUAAAUAAUUUGGAAACAUAUUUAUUGUGACAGGUGGCCUUCACGUAGAUACAUGAAGAAUGCAAUUUAUUGGUGCUUGGCAAAGCAUGGUGGAGAGCACGUUGAACUACAUCAUCAUUUAUCAACAAGCUAUAUAGAUAUAUCAAAUGCUCUUCAAUUGGUAUAACUAAGCUUUUGUAUUUGAAAAUCUUUCUAGUUCCGUUCCACCUCUUGGAAAUGGGUGGCAAUACCUUCAUUCUCUGUGUCUUGCUUCUUGUGGUUGGUGUUCCUUACAUAGAAGCUGGUGAAGUUACUUCAAAAGCAACAGAGAAGAAAAUAGAAGUGGUGGUGGAAGCCAUGUUGUACUGCCAGAGAUGUGACAACUUUGGAACAUGGUCUUUGAGUGGAGCCAAGCCUAUUCCUUCAGCAAAAGUAAGUGUUACAUGCAAAAACCAUAAAGGUCAAGUGAGCUACUAUAAGGUCUUUGAGACAGACCAAAACGGUUACCUAUAUGCUCAACUUGAAGGGUUCAAGAUGCAGCAUUAUAUAUUGGAUCAUCCACUCCACUCUUGCUAUGUAAAGCCAGUGUGGUCUCCUCUUGAAAGUUGUAACCUUUUGUCGAAUGUCAACUAUGCUCUCAAUGGGGCUCCACUUCGUUAUGAAAACAAGAGAUUGCAUGCAAGCAAUUACGAGGCUGUUAUCUACGCUGCGGGACCCUUGGCUUUCCGUCCUUCUGAUUGCUCGCAAACUACUAUUCAUUAG